AAAAAUAGAAAAAUCCACAACCUAAAUAAAUUAUUUUUAUCAAAAAAAUAGACAGAUUCCGUUUCUUAUCCGACACAGUGAAGUGGAUUGAAGUGAAGAAAGAAACAACCACCGAAAAUGUCGGCAGCGCUUCCUCCACCAGCUUCAUCUCUCAAACUAACGGCGACAACCUCUUUCCCAUCCCCACGAGCACUCUUCCUCGCUUUACGCAAACCCCAAAUUUCCAUUAUCCCGCGUGCCACUCCUGACUCCGACGCUGACUCAUCAACCGAACCCGACUCCGCCCCCUCCUCGGACACCUCAGCCGAAUCCGACCCAUUCGAAUCCCGUCUCUCCCAAGUCCGCCUCCGUUACCGAAUCGGAGCCGGCAAGAAAGCGGAGCGCCGAAAAUCAAAGAAAUCCGGAUCCGUAUCCACUUCGUCGUCUUCCUCCUCCAUCUACCUCCCUCCGGUGCCUUUAAAAGAGGCGAUUUCAAAUGGGUUGAAAGUGGAUUUCGGGUUUAGCCCAUAUAGCGAGAGAAUAAACGGACGGAUCGCGAUUCUCGGGUUGACGGCUUUAGUUUUAGUGGAAUUGGCUACGGGUAAGAGCGUGAUAAGUUAUCAUACGCCAGCAAUUAUCUUUAUUCAGAUUUAUUUUGUAGCUGCAGUUGGGGCUUUGUUCGUUAAGUACGAGAAAGAAAAAGUUAGUGUUUGGCCACCUUCUCAAUCUUCUUCACCUCAAAAAUGAAAAAAAAAAUUGUACUUUUUUGGGGUUUUUAGUUAAUAUGAAGUUAAUUUGUAAUUUUAUAAUGUAAUAAAUUGUGAUUUAUUAUGAGUAUUUAUUAAGAACGAUGUUUUAGUUUUUGCCA